AUGAGCAUGUUGCGAAAACAAGGUCAAACAACCUUCUCUCCUUUCGUGCAUCACUUGACGUCUUAUGCCCACCAAAAUACGCUGCUCCCAUAUCCAAGACGACGCCACGACGACAGGUCGCGAGCACAUCGUCUGGUGGCUAGUAUCUGUGGUCGAAUUGGUAUCACAGCUCUCAGACACCCUUCCGAGUCGGCUGUUGUGGUCCAGACGGAUUUAGUGUCAUGUGACCUCUGGGUCAUGUCUGUCUUCAGCUCAGAGGGCCAGACGAGAAUGCCGAAGAGACGACCCUAA